AUGCACAUUCCCAAGUAUGGAGGAUCGCUGGAUCACGAGGCUGCAGAAGAAUGGAUGACGUGCAUCACACGAGAUCUGGAGUAUGUUCAGUGUCCCCUACGUUAUCGAGCGCUACUAGUGAGCCAUCACUUAUCCGGGCAAGCUCGACAUUGGUGGGAGAAGGUGGUACAGGAGAUGCCGGAAGGACAUCGUUUCACCUGGGAGGAAUUCAAGGAGGAAUUUGAGAGGAAGUACUACCGUCGACAGAAUCAAGAACGUCACCUCUCUGAUUUCCUAAACCUGCAGCAAGGGAACAUGACUGUGAGGGAGUACGAAGCUAAAUUCGUACGCAAGCUUAAGCAUUCGGCGCAUCUGAUGGAGAAAGCUGAGGAAGCGGAAAAGGAGGACAGAGCCAGCAGGGCCCGUGACCGAAGCCAUCCUAGACGCCAUCCCCACCGUCCGUCGGGGAGAACUAGUCAGACUGGCCAGAGUAGCCGAGUGCAAGACAAGGGUAAGGCGCCAGUCACCCAGGCAUUACCUCCGCCACCUCGGAGAGGGCUACCUGUUUGCUAUCGGUGCCAGCAGCCAGAACACUUUGCGGCAUAUUGCACGGUGAGACCCGCAGAGCUGCAAGCGCGAGUGGCUAUACCACCGAGACCUCUGGCUGAAACUGGAGUGGCCCCGAGGGUUUAUGCCCUAGAAGCGGAUUUUGUGAGCGCAACUAUAGUGGAGAGAACCGAUGUAGGAAAGGUCAAUCUGAUGAGCAACUUAACAGUGCGUAUACCGGCUAGAGAAACCCUUACGGUUCGAGGGACUUUGCGUAGCGUACCCCUUGACAUAUGCGGCCGACUAAUGCCAGCAGACCUUAUUGUGGUACCCAUAGGAGUCUAUGAUCUCAUACUGGGUAUGGACUGGUUAACGAAAUACCAGGCUUAUAUCGACUGCCCCCGGAGGACGAUCUGGUUUCAAGAAGAUUCUGGAGGUUUUGAAUUUAAGGGAAGGGGAGCACCAUCGACGGACCCGAUUAUCUCGGCGUUGAAAGCCGAAAAGAUGAUCAGGAAGGGAAACGAUGCGUUCUUAGUAGUUAUCACGACUACUAAGGAACUGGAGAAGAAAUUAGAGGACACACCUGUUGCUCGGGAAUUUCCAGAUGUAUUUCCGGAUGAAUUACGGGAAUACCGCCAAAGAGGGAGGUGGAUUUCAGCAUUGAUGUAUUACCGGGCACAGAACCGAUCACUAAGACUUCGUACCGGAUGA